CCGCCAGGCAGCGGACCCCUCGGGCUCGGAGCCUCGGAGACCGGAUCCGUGCCAUGUCGUUGUCCCAGGGUCGGCGGAGAAGGCCGGGGACGGUGGUACCUGGGGAAGCUGCGGAGACCGACUCGGAGCUGUCCGCAUCGUCUUCCGAGGAGGAGCUAUACCUGGGUCCUUCGGGCCCUACGCGCGGCCGCCCCACGGGGCUGCGUGUGGCCGGGGAGGCGGCGGAGACCGACUCGGAGCCGGAGCCCGAGCCCACGGUGGUGCCGGUCGACCUGCCCCCGCUCGUGGUGCAGCGCGAGGCGGCGGAGACGUGGGGCGCCGAGGAGACCCCUGCCAAGGCGCCUGCGCGCUCGCUGCUGCAGCUCCGGUUGGCUGAGAGCCAGACGCGCCUGGACCACGACGUAGCGGCUGCGGUGAGCGGCGUGUACCGCCGUGCGGGUCGCGAUGUGGCCGCCCUGGCCGGGAGGUUGGCGGCUGCUCAGGCCACCGGGCUGGCAGCCGCCCACAGCGUGCGCCUGGCGCGCGGGGACCUCUGCGCGCUCGCCGAGCGCCUGGAUAUCGUGGCUGGCUGUCGCCUGCUGCCGGACAUACGAGGGGUCCCUGGUAUGGAGCCCGAGCAGGACCCGGCGGGGGCCGAGAGCCUAGGCUGUCACUCUGUGUCCCCCACCUGACUCUGCCUCUUGGUGGACAUUCGUAUCACCCGUGGCAUCUGACUCUGGUUUUGUUCCUGGAUCACCGAGGCCUCCAAUGUGUGGUAGCGUUUGAUCAAUGCCGACAGAAGCCGAAUCCUCACAUCUUCUUUGAUUUGAUAAGAAUAAUUAUAUUCUUAGCACAAUUCUGGGAUCCCCAAGCUAAGACUCGGCCCAGGUUCUGUGGCUAUCAAGUAGCUUAGCCCCUACCCCUUCACUCUGGCCCUGUUUCCUAAAUUCAGCUUUACUCUUAGGCAAAGCCGGGGGGUCGCUUUCUUUUGUUGAACCUCUCUGAGUUUAGGCUUUGGGGGGUAGGGGUGUCCCUCUAGUUUACAUCUCUAAAUGAUGAUCAUUCCUGAUCCGAGGAUAGCUUCCUCUUACACACAGACCGCUGUGGCCAAAUGCAGACCAACCUAGGCCUGGGUAGCAGUAACCCUAAUUCUCAGGCGUUUGGGUCGGGCAGCGCCUCCUGGUGUUUUGAUCGCUAUAGAGAUGUGACUCCACAGAUAGGAAUCUAUGACUCAGUGUCUCUUUCUGGAUGCUAAAAGGACUUGGAUUCUGACCUCAAUGGGCACCGAGGAUAACAGGAUCUUUUUGCCUCUUUGGGUUUGGCUUCUUUAGUCUUUUGUCUCUGUCUUAAUGAGGAUUCUCUGACCUUAUGUGGAAGGGAGCUCAGUGGUAUCCUGUAUGCUUAGUGUGGGCAGCCCUGGGUUCAAUUCCUAGUACCACCCUGCUUCAAAAGGAACAAGCUAACACAGUCUUAGAUGCCUAUGUCCCCUUUAAAAAUUACCCGGCUUGGGGGUGGGACUGGAGAGUCUUAAGAGCACCGACUGCUCUUCCAGAGGUCCUGAGUUCAAACCCCAGCAACCACAUGGUGGCUCACAACCAUCUGU